CGGCCUGACUUUUCGGAUCGCUCCUGAUGAGUACUUCCAGCUCUGAGCCAUAUGAAUCAAAUGCCCAUACAAUGUCGUCAGUUGGAUUUCUCGCUUUACACACAUACUCGUUACCGUCCGUAUGCGAUUUAUCUCGGUAGACAACCUGACACAACACGAGUCGUCGAAAACAAAGGAAUCCAGUUCCGUCCGAAUGCUGGAAAGAUGUGGAAUGGGAUGGUGCAAGGCCACUUUGUAUUGCUGGCUCCUGUCUCGCUGUCAACCAUCUUGAGGCUAAACGUCCGAUGAAGAGAACCAGAAUGCAAAAGUGUUGGAAAUCCUCAGGUGUUGCACAGGGUAGACUCCAGGCUGGUAAGGCCA